GAGUACUUUUACAACUUAAAGAAUCUCUGAAGCAUAUUUUAUUUUUUCAUGCCGAACGUUUGACUCGUUGUCUUUGCCUUGGACCAGAUACUAGAAUCCAUCAGUAGCAGGUCGAUUACAGGUAGAUGUAUUUUAAAGGUGUCUAUAAGAGGAAGUGUGGACAUUCAACGCAAACUACUGCAGGAAUCGGACCAAAAAGGGAGGACUCUAUGGAAGAUCCAUUACAAAGGCCCUCUCGCAGAAGUCGACUUUGCAAAGUGCUGCUGCAAUUUUAAAAAUUAAAGGACCUGUUGGACACUCACUCGGAGCAGCUGUGGGAAGAUGGCACUCAGUCACUUUGGGAAAGCAUCAGCUCUUUGCUAACUUAUCUGAAGGAACAUCAGCCGGCACCUUGGCUACCCACAGUCCUUUGCUCCAAGCCAUCCUGGCGUGGUGCGUUCGCUGCGUGCGUGGCCCUGCGCAAACCUGCCUCGAACGUUCCCAGACAGACUCCUUGCAGAACUGGCCAUGAGCAGCCAGAUCGUACCAAGCGUCGGGGACUCCAGUCUCCUCCCCCCUCGACAGGACCCGAGCCGGGGGGAGCUGGAGGGGCCAGGGGAGGAGGAGGGGUACGAGGGCUACCCCCAGCACGGGGGCGGCAGGGGGCCGCUGAGGCCCGGGGGGAAGCCCCAGCGGGAGCUGAGCCCCACGGAGCAGCAGGAGCUGAGGAGGAAGAUCAACACGCGGGAGAGGAGGAGGAUGCAGGACCUGAACGUGGCCAUGGACGCGCUGCGGGAGGUGAUGGUGCCGUACUCCUCCCCCGGAGCCCAGAGCCACGCCCACGCGGCCCCGCCCGGCCGCAGGCUCUCCAAGAUCUCCACGCUCAUCCUGGCGCGCAACUACAUCCUGCUGCUGAGCUCGUCCCUGCAGGAGAUGCGCAGACUGCUGGGGGAGGUGAGCGUGGGCGUGGGGGCCACAGUAGGGGCCACAGUGGGGGCCACGCCCGCCCCCAGGCUGCUGCUCACGGGGAGCUGGCCCUUCUUCACGCCCAGCCAGCUCCUCCUGGCCUCCGACUCCCUGCUCGCCCCCAGCAAGUGCCCCCUGCUGCCCGGCCCGGCCGAGGAGCCCCUGCUGCCCCCCCUCCACUGGGGCUCCACGGGGGCGGCCCCCGGAGGCCAGCUCUGCUCCUGCGGGGUCUGCAGGCUCCCCCGCUUCAGCCACAGCGGCCCUGUACCCCGCUUCCCCAAAUAACGGCACCGUCCCCCCCCGCACGGGGGCUUCUCGCUCGGACUCUGUACCGACCCGUUCCUCGCGGGCUAUGUGGUUCCUUCACCCUCCAUUACACUAACCGCUUUUGGACAUUUUUAGUUGAAGAUAAAUAGGCUGUUUUCAUUUCAGCAAGAGCUGUAGUAAAGUUCUGAAGGUGAGUCCACGCUUUGAGAAUGAAUACAAUAACACAAGUAGAGGUUAUUAUGGCUCCAUGAGGGAAAUGCAAAUAUGUAUGUUUGUAUAUUCAUAAUGUAAGGGCCCCAAAAAUGAACAAUAACAAUUUUACCAUCAAGGAUCUGCAAACUGGGCACGCUAAUUAGCACUGAGUCUGUCCUCAGUUCUAAUGUGACACACAGGUAUAAGACAGUAUGCUCACACUUCAGCAUAAUGUAAAUCUCGAUAUGAAAGCAUUAUUUGUGCUACAAAGGUUAGAUGUUGAUUUGAGGCAGUGCAUACAGUAUUUUGCACAUUUGGAGAUUCUAUGAAAAAUGUCUUAAAGAAUGCGGGUGACAUGAUUUAUAGUUUAUAGUUGACUUUAUACAUAUAGUAUAGUAAAAUCUACCCUAAUGUAAUAUUAACAUUAAAUUAUUCACUGAAACCAAUAUUAUUGAUGUCACUGAGGUAUUUUUUUCUGAAUAAAUGCAAUUGUAAAAUUCUGCAACUAUGUUCCUAGAGUAAACACUUGAACUACACAAA